AUGGUUCAAAGGAAGACUUGUCAAGCAAUCGAGUCAAACAAUCUCCAACCUGAAACCCGGUUUGGGCAAGAACAUCUCAAGAUCCUUGGACCGGAGAUGAUGAUGAUGAAGAAGAGAACAAAACCUAAGAGGAAGCUUAAAGAUAAUCCUGUUUCUCCACCAGGUAAGCCACAACCACCACCUAAUAAGCAUGAUCUUGUUGUUAAAGGCACAUGUAUGCCACCAAAUUACAUGAAAGGCACCUCUAGCUCUGAAGCGAGGUUUAAUCUUUCAAAGAAUCAGAAGAACCAAACCGGUUCGAAACAUGAUUCUCGUUAUGGAGUUACCAAAGAGAGAAGUAACAAGAAGCUGAGUUCGAGGAUCGUUAGAGGUUUCACAAAGGCUCCGAGUUUCAAGAGAUGCUCACAGAGAGCUACUUGUUCUUCAACUCUAAAAGACUCCAAGUUUCCAGAGUAUCUGAUGCUUAACCAUGGCGAGACAGAUGAUGAAGUUAGUGGAACCUCUGUUUUGAGAGUCUGUCCUUACAAGUAUUGCUCACUCAACGGCCAUCUCCAUGCGCAGUAUCCUCCUCUCAAAAGCUUCAUAUCGUCCAGGAGAAGGAGUCUGAAGUCUCAAAAGAGUGUGAAGAUGGAAGCUUCUAAGGAAGAUUUUGUGGAGAUGUGUGUUGAAGAGAAGAAAGAGUGGGAGAAUGGAAAUGGAGAAACUUUUGAAGUUGAUGUUGAGACCCAAAUCUCAGAAACUGUCUCUCUAGGAGCACCUCUCUCUGAAACUGAUUCUGAUGAGUACUCUGAUAGUGCAGAGAUGGUGGUGACAUUUUCAGAAGGUGAUCAUGGAACUGAACUAAAAGAGUCUGAUUUUGAGGAAACUCUAGUAGAUGAUGACUCAGUGAAAAACAUCCAAGAGACUUGUGAGGUUGAUGAUUACUCUGAUAGUGGAGAGAUGGUGAUGUUUUCAGAAGGUGGUCAUGGAAUUAAAUUAGGAGAAUCAGACUUUGUGGAAGAGAUCCAAGAGACUUGUGAGGUUGAUGACUACCCUGACAAUGCAGAGAUGGUGAUGUUUUUAGAAGGUGAUCAUGACAUGGAGUUAAAAUCAUCUGACUUGGAGGACACGCUAGUAGAUGACUCUGUGAAACAGAUCCAAGAGAAGGCAAACAGAGAUGAAGAAGUUAUCUGUAUGAUGAAGAACUCAGAAGCUGAAGAGGAUGAUGAUGAUGAUGUUGCUGGUGAAGAGACACUCAAGGAUAAAGCUGAAGAUUGCAAAGAGGAGUCUCAAGACCGGAUAGAAGAAACCGGAACGGUUCCAUUUAACCGGGCAAGAAAAUCUUGCAAUCAAGAAGAGGAGACAGAUGAGACCAUUUCGUGGAACAUCAUCAAAUGCAAGAAACCUGAUGAAGAAACAGAGGAUUUGAGGGGAUUUAACCCAAGAGAGCCCAAUUACCUUUCUCUUGUUGCGGAUGCGGAUACAGAAAAGGUAGACCUCAAGCAUCAAGACAUGGACGAGAGGAGAAACUCGGAGGAUUGGAUGUUUGAUUACGCUCUUCAGCGUGCGGUUACCAAACUUUCCUCAGCAAGGAAGAGGAAAGUUGCAUUGCUCGUUGAGGCGUUUGAAACCGUGAAGCCUGUUAUGCCACAUGGUAGAGAAGAACAUGCACCGGUGUUGAGUUAUGGAAGACACCUUCAGACGUGCAAUUAA